AUGAAGCUAAAGAGGCCAGCUCGAGAGAAAAGAAACUUAGCCCCAUCCUCACAGCUCGUGAGAGUGGCCGGGAAACCCCCCCUCGAGAGACAGAAAAAAGGAGACCCCAGUGCUCGUCCCCAGAACGAGCCCCACACUGCCCUCUCGCAGACCUUCCAGCCAAUGAGUGGUUCUCAAGUGCUGACUGAGUCCUUGGUGACUCCAUUCCUCCCUGCCACCGUGGUAGGACCAAGAAGGGCACCGUUUAGGUUCCACGACGAAGAUUUUUAUUCUGCAUUAUCAUUAAACAAUGAACAAGAGAACUAUGACACGGAAGAGGAGACUCGCACGGAAGAGGAGCUCCUGCUGGCUGGGAUGCGCUCUCCUCCCAGCUAUAAAAGAAGCCGCUUUCUUGGGACAUCAGCCGCUCAGAAUAGAAAUGUGGAGGAAAAUGCUGAAAAUCUCAGAGGAAAUUCUUUAAGAUGGGGUGAGCCCAUCCCUGGCUCUCCAAGAAAAACCAGUGUCACGGAGCCAACAACAAAGCAGUCUUCUCCCGGGCAAAGGAUGCUCCAAGAUACCAGGCUACCCAAGGAUUUGGCUAAAGACAACCCCAGUGGAGACCAGGAUGAGAAGACCCCUGUACCAGGGGACACCAAAUCUGAUGGUGUCACCCAAGUCAGUGCCGAAGAUGUGUCCAACAAUUGUGCCGUGGAAGACAGGUCCGCUGUUCACAAUUGCGAGAGAGACUGGCAACGUUACUUAAGUGGUUCCAGGAACUCGUUCGACUGCUUACUUUCUGGGAGACCCACAGCUCCAAGAUCGUCCGUGAAUCCAUCCUACAAUGCCCAUGGGUCGCUGUUCCACUCUGCUGUGAUAGAUGACAUCCCAGCAAGCUUGACCAUGUCAUCUAUCCUAGUUCCAAGUGCAGAGUUGGAGGAAAACCUAAGGUUCAAUGUACGCCGGCCACUCUCACCUAUCAGAAACAGAAAUCCGUCGGCCACUGCGGAGAGCCACAGUGAGGACACCCAGGGAACAGAGGAGAGGGCUUCGACUAGUCAAGCUCAGGAGUCUCCGCUCCUGUCAGAUCUGCCAAAUCCACAAAGCAGCAUGGCCUUGGGGGACUCCCCCAGCUCUCCUACAAGAAGACAUUUACAAGGCCAUUUCUACAUGCCUGGGUCCCUGCAAGAAAAUAUACCUUUUACUUUCUUUGCGGUGUCUGAUUUUGCAAGUCAGAAUGAUAACGGCACCAGCGUUAGAGUCUCUGGUGUCAUGGAUGAAAAGGCCACAGAAAUAAAGGCAGACCCUGAGAAACUCAGGAAAUUGCAAGAAAGUCUCCUGGAGGAGGACUCGGAGGAGGAGGGAGACUUGUGUCGGAUCUGUCAGAUAGCGGGGGGUUCCCCAGCCAACCCCCUCCUGGAGCCUUGCGGCUGUGUGGGAAGUCUGCAGUUUGUUCACCAAGAGUGCCUGAAAAAGUGGCUGAAAGUGAAAAUAACAUCAGGGGCAGAUCUAAGCACUGUAAAGACCUGUGAGAUGUGUAAGCAAGGCCUACUGGUCGACCUGGAUGACUUCAACAUGACCGAAUUCUACCACAAGCACCAGCAAUCCCGGGCACAGAGUGAGCUGAUGAACUCAGGCUUGUACCUGGUGCUGCUGCUCCACCUGUAUGAGCAGAGGUUCGCAGAACUCAUGACCCUCAACUACAGGCGGGCUUCCAGAGAGAGGGAGCUCCUGGAGCCCCAAUCCCUGCGCGAUGUGGGGUCCAGGCCAACUGAACGAGAUCUUAGGACUGCCGCACAGUCGCCCCCAGACCCCAGCCUUGCCGCCUGGGUGCAGCCGGGAAAUCUGCGGGACCGCACCUCGGCCAGGCGUCCGCUCACGGUUUCUCAGCGUGACUUCAGCGAGAGCCUCCUGCUCCUACAGGGACGUGACAGGGAGCAGGGCUUGGUCCCCAACUGGGAGACCUUCCGAGGGUCCUGUCGCCCCGGCCCCGCCCCGCCUCCGAGAUGCCCGCGUCGCUACCCGGUUGGGAACCUGCGGCACCGGGCGCGUCCGAAAGCGUUCGACUGGGCAGGGGCGCCCCCUAGUGUCCCGUGCGACCGCUGUAUCCUGUGCCCCGCGGGGGCUCGCCCAGACAUAGGGUCGAAGCACAGGUUCAAGAAGGGCAGCUUUAGCUUCUAA